AUGGGGUUAAAAAAUCUGGAUCCAUUUUUACUGUUUGAUGAAUUUAAAGGAGGUAGACCAGGUGGAUUUCCUGAUCACCCACAUCGAGGUUUUGAAACAGUAUCUUACCUUCUGGAAGGAGGCAGCAUGGCCCAUGAAGACUUCUGUGGACAUGUUGGUAAAAUGAACCCAGGAGACCUGCAGUGGAUGACUGCAGGCCGGGGCAUUCUACAUGCUGAAAUGCCUUGCUCAGAGGAGCCAGCCCAUGGAUUACAACUAUGGGUUAACUUGAGAAGCUCAGAGAAGAUGGUGGAGCCUCAGUACCAGGAACUGAAAAGUGAAGAAAUCCCUAAACCCAGUAAGGAUGGUGUGACAAUUGCUGUCAUUUCCGGAGAAGCCCUGGGAAUAAAGUCCAAGGUUUACACUCGUACACCAACCUUAUAUUUGGACUUCAAAUUGGACCAAGGAGCAAAACAUUCCCAGCCUGUUCCUAAAGGGUGGACAAGCUUCAUUUAUACGAUAUCUGGAGAUGUGUAUAUUG